AUGGAGUCGGAUGAACCCACCGGGGCGCAGCGCGGGGAGCUGGCCGCAAGCCUCUCCAGCAAGUACGGCGUCACCAUUGACGUCCCUCCGGUGCCCGCCAGCAGCGACCUGGACCUGCGAAAGCCCCGUAUGGCCGUGCCCGACUCCCUGGCAUCCAUUUGCUCCACCGAUACCCACGAACGGGCGGUCCACACCUACGGCCGCAACUUCUCCGACCGGGUCCGCGCCUUCAACCUCCAGUUCCCCAAUCCGCCCGACGUGGUGGCCUACCCCAGGAAUGAAGCGGACGUGGAGGCUCUCCUGGACUGGUGCUCCGGCCAAGGCUAUGCCGCCAUCCCCUGCGGCGGCGGCAGUUCGGUAGUCGGCGGAAUUGAGCCGCCCGACGAUUACGACGGUGUCGUAUCCAUCGACCUGGGCGGACUGGACCAGGUGCUGGAAAUUGACGAGGUAUCCCGGGCGGCCCGUAUCCAGGCCGGUGUCUACGGCCCAGCGCUGGAAGAGCAGCUGCGUCCCCACGGGUUCACCCUGCGCCACUUCCCCCAAAGCUUCGAGUUUUCCACGCUGGGCGGCUGGAUUGCCACCCGCUCCGGCGGCCACUAUGCCACCAACCAGACCCACAUCGACGAUUUCGUAGAGUCCGUCCGAAUGGUAACGCCCCAGGGCAUCUGGGAGUCCCGCCGACUCCCCGGCAGCGGAGCCGGCCCCAGCCCCGACCGCAUGGUGCUGGGCAGCGAGGGAACGCUGGGAAUUAUCACCGAGGCGUGGAUGCGGAUUCAAGCCCGGCCCCGCUUCCGGGCGUCCGCCGCCGUCACCUUCCCAUCCUUCGAGCAGGGCGCCGAAGCGGUGCGACAAAUCGUCCAGACCAAGCUGUGGCCCGCCAACUGCCGCCUGCUGGACCCGGGCGAAGCCGCCGAUGCCCUCGGCUCUGACGGCACCCAGGCCAUCCUGGUGCUGGGCUUCGAGUCUGCCGAGCUUCCCCAGGGAGAGCAGAUGCACCAGGUCAUCGCCAUCGCCCGCGACUGUGGCGGCUCCGUGGGCGAGGAACAGAUAAGGAUCAUCGAUGGUAGCGGCGAAGAGGCCCGCCGUCCGGAAGCUGUGGGGGCCUGGCGCAACUCCUUCAUCAACGCUCCCUACCAGCGCAACGCCUCCAUGGGCAUGGGCCUGGUCGCCGAAACGCUGGAGACGUCCAUCACCUGGGACCGGUGGCACGCUAUGGAUGCCGCCGUGCGGGGCGCGUUGCAGGACGCCCUUGACCGCGUGUGCGGCGGCGGACGGGUCACGUGCCGCUUUACCCACGUCUACCCCGACGGCCCAGCCCCCUAUUUCACCUUCGAGGGAAUGGGUCGGCCGGGCGCCGAACUGGAAAUGCACGAAGAGAUUAAGCGGGCCGCGUCCGAUGCAGUCAUUGCAGCCGGUGGCACCAUCACCCACCACCACGCCGUGGGCCGCGCCCACCGCCCCUGGUAUGACCAGCAGCGACCGGAUCCCUUCGCCGCCGCGCUGCGGGCCGCCAAGUCCGCCGUGGACCCCAACUGGGUGUUGAACCCCGGCAUUCUGUUUGACCGCUAG